UGAAAGCUCACAAAUAGAAGAGAAACUACAUAAUCUCUUUUUCUAUUUUCCUUCCACAAAAUAAAUCAACCCACAGAGAGACCACCAGGUCUUUUUAAGGGCAUCCCUUCUACCUCAAGCCUCCACCUCCAACACUACAACCAAAAAUGGCCAACCCGGUCACCUUGUUUCUUCUGGGGCUAAGCGUAAUGUCUACUCUCUACAAUCUGAAACUUUUGGCAGAUGGAAGGUCCGUGGGAGGACCAACCAGGUUCUAUGAUUUUAAGGUACAAACCAAGAAAGUUACCAAACUCUGCAGCUCCAAAGACAUUGUCACAAUCAAUGGCAUGUUUCCAGGACCUGUGGUUUAUGCUCAAGAAGAUGAUAGAAUCAUCGUUAAAGUUACCAAUCAGACACCUUUCAAUGUCACAAUCCACUGGCAUGGUGUUCGGCAGAAGCUUUCAUGCUGGUAUGACGGGCCAUCAUAUAUUACACAAUGUCCAAUUCAAGCAGGUCAAGCUUUCACGUACAAUUUUACAGUGGUGAAGCAGAAGGGUACAUUCUUCUGGCAUGCUCAUGUUUCGUGGCUCCGAGGAACUGUUUAUGGUGCCAUGAUUGUUUAUCCAAAGGCUGGGUUCUCUUACCCGUUCAAGAUUCCCUAUCAAGAGCAAACAAUCAUACUGGGGGAAUAUUGGCUAAAGGAUCUUGUACAGAUUGAACAAGCCACUCUAGCAAGUGGAGGAGCACCUCCAAGACCAGAUGCAUACACCAUUAACGGUCAUCCAGGCCCCAACUACAAUUGCUCCACUAAUGAUGUCCACAAAAUUGAUGUCAUUACCGGGAGGACCUAUAUGUUCAGACUCAUUAAUGCAGGUCUAAACACGGAGAACUUCUUUGCCAUUGCUAACCACAAAUUAACAAUCGUGGAAGCCGAUGCUGAAUACACCAAGCCAUUCACAACAGAUAUAGUAAUGGUGGGACCAGGCCAGACAAUGAUUGCCCUAGUCACAGCUGAUCAACCAGUAGGAAGAUAUUCCAUUGCUGUGGCACCUUACAAGUCUGGAAGGAUCGUUAAUUAUCAAAAUACUUCAGCCAUUGCUUAUUUCCACUAUAUUGGUGCAGCACCUGAUAGCUUAUAUUUAUCAGCUAAACUACCUAAACUUGACGACAGCCUGGCUGUCAAGACAUUCAUGGAUGGACUAAGGAGCCUCAAUCAAGUCAAUGUUUUCAAAGAGAUUGAUGAAAACUUAUUCAUUACCAUUGGAUUGAACGUCCAAAUGUGUCAUUCAAAGACACCAAAUCAAAGCUGCCAAGCCAUUAAUGAUGGUAUCAUGGCUGCUUCAAUGAACAAUAUAAGUUUCAUUCAGCCCAAGCUGUCAAUUCUUGAAGCUUAUUAUAGGAAGAUAAAUGGAUCGUAUACUGAAGAUUUUCCUGAUGCGCCCUCUAAGCUCUAUGACUUUGUAUACGGGGCACCUAAUAACAUUCCAUACAACACACAGUCAUUGAACGGGACCAGAACAAAGGUCCUUGAAUAUGGCAGUAAGGUGCAACUCAUUCUGCAGGACACUGGCACAGUAAACACUGAAAAUCACCCAAUGCAUUUUCAUGGUCACAGCUUUUAUGUCAUAGGUUAUGGCACAGGGAACUAUAACCCACAAACUGCAAAAUUCAACUUAGUGGAUCCCCCUUACAUGAGCACAGUUGGAGUUCCAGUGGGUGGAUGGGCAGCAAUUCAAUUCGUUGCUGAUAAUCCAGGGGUAUGGUAUAUGCACUGUCACAUCGACAUACACCAAUCAUGGGGGCUAGGAAUGGUGUUUAUUGUGAAGAAUGGAAAAGGAGAGCAGGAAUCCUUACCACACCCUCCAACAGACAUGCCACAAUGUUAAGACUACCGGAGGAUCCUAACAAUAGUACUAACUAAUGUUGUGGCCUUUCUCCUUCUUCAGGAUUCUUUAGCUCUAGCUUCCAAGUGAGCAACAUGUGGGGCUAGUCCAUUUCUUUAAGAAACAUGAGAUAACAGAUGUAAAGAAGCAAGAUUACUUGAUUAAAGAGUUCUCUUUUCCUUUA